UAAUGUGAAAGGGCCUGUAUCCUAAGGUGGGACACAAGUACAGAGACCCUCAGGGUACAACGAAAGUACCUCCACCGAAUGAACUUCGGAUAUAAUUUGCUUUUAGUGACCAGACACAGGUGUGAAAUGCUAGUCACAUCUUGAUUCAUGCCAAGCAUGUUCCAUUAUUAUACAUUGACCCCUUUCCCCUCCCUGAGCCUUAAGACAUGUAUCCUAAUUCCUGGAGCAAAUCAAACAGAAUAGGAGGUGCUUAAGCAGCCUAUGUGGAUGAAAGAACUUCCUGCCUUACAGCUGCUUUAACCCAAAGAGCUGCAUUGUACCUGCCAGGUGGCAGGUGGGUCAGAUGUGCCGCUGAGAAGGGCUGGGGAACUGCGGGGGUUGGGGGUUCCAGGGCUUCCGAUCCAAAGCAGGAAGCGCCUGUAGGACGAAUCCAUGCGGCAAUCACUCCCUAACGGAGGCCCAGGGCUUCCCAAGACCUAAGGGCCAGGAGGCCUGGCCUCUGAUCCUUGUGGAUCUGGUCGUGAGGGUCCCUGUCCCCACCCCGGUGGCGCGGAAGGCGGGCUCCGGGCCACACCGGAGCCUAGGGGCCGGGGCGUCCGCGCUCCGCCAACCCACGGCCUCCCCGCCCUCCUCCCGGGUUACCGCGUCGGCUUUACGGUCCGCCAGGCCCGGGAGGGACGCGGCUGGCGCCGCUGCGGCCGCGGGGGGCGGGGAGGCGGCCGUGAGGAGGCGGAGCUGCGAGGCCGCCCGUCGCCGGGCCGCCGCCGCGGUGCCCGCUCCUCCCCGCGCCGUGCCGCGCCGUGCCCCGCCCGGCCGCCUCGCCUCCUCCGCGGCGGGCCCCCCUCGCAGCUGCGCGGCCGCGGACACCGAGGCAGGCGCGAGCCAUGGAGGGCAACCGCGACGAGGCGGAGAAAUGCGUGCAGAUCGCUCGCGAGGCCCUGAGCGCCGGCAACCGCGACAAGGCCCAGCGCUUCCUCCAGAAGGCCGAGAAGCUGUACCCGCUGCCGGCCGCGCGCGCGUUAUUGGAAAUAAUUAUGAAAAACGGCAGCACCGCUGGAAGUAGCACGCAUUGCCGAAAACCUCCUGGGAGCAGCGACCAGAGCAAGCCCAGCUGUGGAAAGGACGGCACUUCUGGUGCUGGGGAAGGCGGGAAAGUCUAUACCAAAGACCAAGUAGAGGGCGUGCUCAGCAUAAACAAAUGUAAAAAUUACUACGAAGUCCUCGGAGUUACAAAAGAUGCUGGUGAUGAAGAUUUGAAAAAAGCUUAUAGGAAGCUUGCUUUGAAGUUUCAUCCAGACAAAAACCACGCCCCUGGAGCCACGGAUGCUUUCAAAAAGAUUGGAAACGCUUACGCCGUCCUAAGCAAUCCAGAGAAACGAAAACAGUAUGACCUCACAGGCAGUGAAGAGCAAGCCUGUAACCACCAGAACAACGGCAGGUUCAAUUUCCACCGGGGCUGUGAGGCCGACAUAACUCCCGAAGACCUGUUCAAUAUCUUCUUUGGCGGUGGAUUUCCUUCAGGUAGUGUACAUUCAUUUUCAAAUGGCCGGGCUGCUUACAGCCAUCAACAUCAGCACCGACACAGUGGGCAUGAAAGAGAAGAAGAAAGAGCGGAUGGAGGCUUCUCUGUCUUCAUUCAGCUCAUGCCCAUCAUUGUGCUGAUCCUUGUGUCCUUGUUAAGCCAGCUGAUGGUCUCGAACCCUCCGUACUCCUUAUACCCCAGAUCAAACAGAUAUGCAGUAUGCAGCCAAAGUGUACCGUGAUGAGCAGCUGCGGAGGAAGGCGGAUGCCCUGAGCAUGGAGAACUGCAAGGAGCUAGAGCGGCUGACCAGUCUCUACAAGGGGGGAUAAGCUGGGUCCCACCUGCUCCUUUCUGUGUACUCUGUCUUCUCUGUAAAUUUCAUGUCGCCAUGAAGCUGAAGAAGAUUUGAUUAAAGACUAAGCUGAGUAGUUGAUUCCUGAAAUCUUGGACUGUUAAUGACCUACUGGCUCAUUUCAAUAGUAAGAACUGAAAACUAAAUAUUUUAGUAUGCUUCUGCAAUUACUUUAACUUUAAAAUCUUAUAUGAUUCCUUACAAAGUCUGGAGAGGAUUAUCACACCGGUAGCAGUUGCCAGCUUUGUGAUUCUCCAUUGUUCCUUUGCCAUGUAAAUAUUUCUAGGAUGAUUUUGUACACAUGCGAGCGCUUGCCUUUUAUUUAAAUUAUUUUAGUGUUUAGCUCCAUGAGACACUAGGUUCGGGCCGAUGGAAUGGACACAGUCACAUUUCCCAUUAGGUGUUUGCGUGUGUGGAGUUUAAACAAUGAACAUUUUUCAAAAAGAAAAAAACAAAACUUUAUGUAAAAUCUUAUAUCAGUGUAGAAGGAAUUGACAUUUUAAAUAUUGUUCUUAUAUUCCAGAAUCUGUACUGACAUAAGUGAACUGGUGUUUACUCUCAGUGUGCUCUUUAGUUUUAUGAAUGCUAAGCCAUACAUAGGAAUGAAUUGCUAUAAGAUAGACUUUAAAGAAAAUAUGAUGAUAAAUAUUAUGCUAAGUGAGUUUUCAAUGGUAAGUUGCAGUGAUGCCAUUCACAAUUCCAGUAAUUAAAAGUUAGCCCCAGCCGGGCAGUGGUGGCGCACGCCUUUAAUCCCAGCACUCGGGAGGCAGAGGCAGGCAGAUUUCUGAGUUCAAGGCCAGCCUGGUCUACAAAGUGAGUUCCAGGACAACCAGGGCUAUACAGAGAAACCCUGUCUCGAGAAAAACCAAAACCUAAAACAAAACAAAAGUUAGCCCCAAAUGUUCAUUUAUGUGUCUUUCAAGGCUACUGAAGCUUAUGAAACAAAAGAUGAACUUUCUUCCUAUGGAAAUUCAGUUUCAUGGAGAUAACUGAAGCAGGACCCCAAAGCAAAUGGAUUCUUCUACAAAUAAGUAAUAAGAACAAAAUGACCACUAACACCGGGCUUUGUGCCUUUCUGACUGCAGCUGGCUUACUUCACAGCAUGGUGUGUUGGGCCACAGUAGCCCUGUGCAGAGAUAGAGCAGCAGCUAGAGCAGUGAUUGACAGCUAGCAGCUAGAGCAGUGAUUGACAGCUAGCAGCUAGAGCGGUGAUUGACAGCAAGCAGCUAGAGUGGUGAUUGACAGCAAGCAGCUAGAGUGGUGAUUGACAGCAAGCUGCUAGAGUGGUGAUUGACAGCAAGCAGCUAGAGUGGUGAUUGACAGCAAGCAGCUAGAGCGGUGAUUGACAGCAAGCUAUUAGAGCAUGCUGCGCUCCACCAACCAGGCCACUCAUCAGGUCUUUAGAAUAAGCUCUUUGUAGCGAAAUCUGUAAUGUAAAGUGGGAAAAUACAGCGGGGACUUGAAGCUUUGCUGCUCAUUGAGUUUGAUGUAAUUUCUGGUCUUGUAUGUUUAAUGAUAGUAUUGGCUUAAGGGUUUUGCUUCAUACAGUUAAAGAAUUACAAAAUGUUUUUGGUAUUUUUUUUCAUAUCUCCUGUCCCCAACCCCUUGCUUAAAAAUAAGAAUGUCAGACAGAGUGGCUUUGUGCCUUUGCUUAAGGAUUUUUCCCUAAAUAUUAUUGAUUUGUGUCAUCUGUUGAACUCAAGCGGUCUCUUGCGUUCUGCCAUCAGACUCUUCAGUAGAAAAACCUGAUUAUAAUAGUGGGUUGAAUUAUACACAUUGCCCUUGGGGUCUGGAGAACUCAACCAUCCUUCUGGAAACAUGACCUUUAGAACUAGGAGAGCUACAAAGAACCUAAAAGUUCACUUUAAUUUUUCACAUAAUACAUCAUGCGAAACUUUUAAAAUGCUAUAUAUCUACUCAACUUUAGUGAAAACCUUUCCCUGACAAUUUACAUAUUUUUGUUACUCCCUAAAGUAGAAUCUUGAGAGGAAUAACUUCAAAGGACCACGUUCCACAGCAGGGACUUCCUUCCUCUCCACGGUGUCUGUCACUUUUGGCUGCCUCUAGCACAGGUUCUGUUGUGUGCUUUCACAAGGGUGGAGGGCUCGAUGUAAAAUCACUGCUCUUUGCUUAGAAUAAACCUGCGGCUGAGUUUCACAUUAGCGUCACGCUCACAGGUCCGGGGCACUCCUGGCCUCAUUCUCAGAGCCUUCUGAUCUGUUGUGCUUCCUUCAGCAAACUUCCUGUCUAACCGUUAGCCUAAAGCAGUGCUGCUUAGUCCAUGUAAAUGGUUUUCCUAAGGUUGCGUGCCUCUGAACACAGCUCGUUGUGGUUUUCAACUCUGUCAUUAGAAUCUCCUCCCUCAACUGUCAUUUCACUGUCCACUUUGCAGAUUUCUGAAUCCCAUCAAGCCAGUAUUCUUCUUUUGAUUUGUUUGUAUCUUCGUCACCUGCUGAUCAUGUUCCCUGGUACAAGAUGAUGAGGCUUGGAGCUUCUCCUAGUAUCCUCUGGUCCUCCAGGAGACCGACAUGCUGCUUCUAUGGUGGUUUUAGUGUGUGCUCAUGGUAUCUUUGUUGUCAUCAUUGUUUUAAUAUUGAGUCCAGGGUCUCACUGUGUAGCUCUGGCUGGCUCCAACUCUCAAUGGAGACCUGGCUGGCCUGGAUCUCACAGCGAUUGGCUUGCCCUCCAUCCUACCCCGACUCCCCACCCCCACCCAUGCUGGGUUUAUUGGCUCCCACACCUGGUAAUACUAUUUUCAUUCAUAGGAACACAUAAGUUUCUAUUUGCCAUUCAGAUCGUGGAUCUCAUGUUUAACCUACCCAUUGAAAUACGUAUUUCUAAUUCUCUAGUUUUUAAGGGUCUGUGGCAACUAAAUUCUCCAGUUUCUUGCUCACCUAAGUCCUUUGCUCUUCUUCUCAAGAAGAGCUUCUCAAGUCCAGUGCACUUCAUUUAGGUCUUGGUUUUUCAACUGUAGGUGUAAAGAAUGCUGCUUUGUACAGUCUGCUUCAACUCGGCAACUCUCCAUGGUUUCCCUUCAUCCGCAGCCGGGAUGGCUGGGGUCCUCUCCACUGGCUUAGCUCUUCCUCUUGCUCUUUGAGCAUGGCCUUUAACCCAGGUCAUUUAACCUCAAGGUUCUGCGAUUCAGUUGCUCAGCCAUUCCUGCAAUUCUUGCAACUGUUCGAAAUGGUUUUAUUUUAUUUAUUCUUAUGUUUGUAGUGCGUGCGUGCGUGUGUGUGUGUGUGUGUGUGUGUGUGUGUGUGCGUGUGCGCGCGCGCGCGCGCGUGCAUGUGCCAUGAAGCACAUGUAGAGGUCAGAGAACACCUUGCAGGCAUUAGUUCUCUUUUUAUACCUUGUUCAGUUCUGUGGAUUGAACUCAAGUUGUCAGACUUACGCAGGAAGUGUUUUACCACUGAGCCAUCUCACCACCCCGCAGAUUGCUGUGUGGCUUCUAACUUCAGACAGACUUUUGCUCUUCACUAUAAAAAUAUAGCUCUUUCUCCCUGGUGACUACGUGCCAUUUUUUUCAUUUUCUUCUCUUCUAUUUUUAAAUGUGUUUUAUUAGCACACAUUAAUUAUAUAGGGCAGUGGGUUUCAUCGUGACAUUUUCAUACGCGCAUAUAAUACAUUUUGUCAUCUUCACCCCUGUGACGCUUUCCUGUUCCCCUCCUACUUCACUCGUUCGCUUCCUCUUCCCAGUCCGUCCCUCUUCUCUUUUCAAGUCUUCUUGUUGUAGUUGAGGGUGAUGGUGAUGAUGAUAUUGUUGUUGAUGAUGAUGAUAGUGGUGGUGAUGAUGAUGAUAACCCAAAGACUUUUUACUAUGGUUGAAUGUAGGGACAUAGGUCAGGGUUAUUUACAGGAACAUAGGCACCAGUGCCUGCAACCCUGAAGAAAGUGUAUCUCCUCUCAUCAACCACUAACUGCCAUAGAUCAUCAGGGAGGGCUGGGGGAGAGGGCUCAUGAGCCCCUUCCCGUUCAGGGCAGGAUGUGGACAGGCUCCAUCUUAUAGAGACCUUGUGCAGAGUCACAAAGGCUGAUGACUGUGGCAUGGCCAGGAAACAGUGUUCCACAGACACUUCACUCUUCUUACAUCAUUUACCCCCACUGUUCCAUAAUGUUCUUAGAUCCUUGAAGUGGGUACUGUUAGAAGUCCCACUUAGACUGAGCACUUAGUGGUCAUGUCUUCUUACUAUGACUGUUUUAAGCUCUAGUUACUUCUGCCCACUUAAAAGAAGGAGGAGGAGGAGUUUCUUUGACAAAAGCUGACUGUAGCAUUCACCUAUGGGCCCAAAACAUAACAGGCAGUUUGUUGUCUUUUUAUUUUAAUGGAGAUUUGAAGUUGCAAAGUUCUGUCUCCUCUUCAAUGUGGCCUGUGGCCCCCACGGUUUACAUUUGAUAGUGUUGAUGUGCACUGGCCUCAUUUCCCACUUUCCCUCUUUUCCUUCAAGUAGUUCGCUGUGUCUGUUUUUAAUUUCUAUUUGCCUUUCGUUCAUUGAAUUGAACAAUAUAGAAGCUUAUUGAAUUUUUUGUGUCAUCCUUGUACAUGGGUCAUGCUAAUCUCUGUACUGUUUUGUCAGUACGGGUUGUAAACAUGAGCACAUGUCAGAAGAUGUGAGAUAUUUCUUGAGCCUGUAGAAUAAGUCACUUUAAAAUGUAGCACUCUAAUGAACUGUGAAGGCUCUUAGCUGUCAGAAAACGUGUAGAAAUUGUUGGUGUACUUUUCCAGUUUUAGUGGGAUAGAGAGGGUGGGUCAGGUUAUCAGGUUGAGAGAAGUUAGCACAGCAUGAAGUCACACAGGACUUUGUACAGUAUUAAGCUUGAGGUUUGUUGCUGCACCCAUCAUGUUUAUACCAUGUGUGGGUUAGAGUAAACAGUACUUGGGAGUAGCCAUGAGAGAUGUUGGCUGAGUGCAGGAUCUUAAACUACAUAGAAAUUUCGUCAGUAAUCACUGAGUCCUUUGUGCUUCCUGUCUUGUGGAAAGGACCAGUUAUAUCUUUGAAUUUAAUUUUAUGUGUAUUUAUGUGGCUGGAGCCGAAAGAUUGUUGUACUUGCUGGUUAUUCUUAUAAUAAAAAUCCUAAUAUCUUCCUGUCUUAUUUUUA